AUGAAGUUCAAACAAAUUAUUGGGGUGUUGAUAUUCAGUAUUCAGUUCUUGGGUCUCAUCUGCAUCAUAAGCAUCCUGUACGUCUUAAUAGCUGUUCAUCUUCGUCGUGGUCUACGCGGACAGACCGAUGCUGUUAACCUGCGGGAACGCGCUCGAAGGAACGUCCUGGAAACUCUCCUCAUCGUAUUUGUCAGUUACGUAGUCUGCUGGGCACCCAAUGACAUCUAUAGCUUGAACUACUAUCUCAAGGAAAAUGUCCAAUUCGAAGGCAUCCUUUAUGACGUCACCGUUUUGCUGGCCUUCGCCAAUGCCUGGAUAAACCCCAUCAUCUAUUCCUUUCGAUAUGUCAAGUUUCAGAGAGCAUGGAAGAAGAUGUUUUGCUGCCGAGAUGCAGAGAAACAGGACCAAUCAACCGUGUCUUCAUGUAACCUUGCUAACAAGAACCCGAACAGAACCAGGGAAGCAUCUACAGGGAGAGGAUCUGAGUCAGAGAUAAACUAA